AUGUGCCAUUAUGCAAACAAACAGCGCUCAGAGCAUGAGUUCAAAGUGGGAGAUUGGGUUUUUCUCCGCUUACAACCCUACCGCCAAUCCUUUGUCCAUCACACCAAUCCCAAACUGGCACCCCGAUUCUACGGGCCUUUCAAGGUCCUCGCUCGCGUAGGGAAGGUUGCAUACACCUUGGACCUGCCUCUUGGUUCCCGUAUCCACCCUACGUUUCAUGUCUCGCUUCUAAAGCCAAAACUCGCCUUCAACGUGGCUGUGUCUACCGUGCUUCCACCUCUGUCAGAUGCGGGGCUAGUGACCUGGACACCGAAGAAGUUUCUGACAUCAAAGCAUACUUUCCCCAAAAGUUUUAUGCUGUACAAUCUGAACCACUUAGAGCUACGAACAGGGUUUACCCAAUAUGAUCUCGUUGGCAUGGCUGCAUUGCUUAAAAUCUCUCCCAAUCUCGAGACAAUGGUUCUGGAUUACCUUUGCAAGUUUAGCGAAGAUGAGAGUCUACCAGGAGAGUUGUUAGAUAAACCAGUUGAGUUCAGCAUGCCACGUCUCAAGCAAGUUACAUUGAAAAACCUGAACGAUCUGCCGGAGGACCUCCUCCUCCACAUCCUCACCUUCCUCCCCACAUUGAACUCCGUUCAAACCUCCCUCAUCUCCCACAAAUGGCUGCCCCUCUGGUCCCGCGUCCCCUCCCUCAACUUCAACUUCCAACUCUUCCCGCCCUACGAGCCACCGUUGGACACCCGCCAAUUGUACGCCGAUUUCGUCAACCGCGUUCUCAUUUCCCUCUCCGAUUCCCCUAUCCACACGUUUCGCCUCUCUCUCAUUUACCACAAUCACUACCGCUACCAUGUCGACUCCUGGGUUCGAUCCGCCGUCACUCACUUCCGCGCCCGGGAGCUCUACUUCGACUUCUUCAUCAACCAAAAUUUUCACAACGCCGAAGAAGCCGAAACCGAGGAUCACCACAUGUACGAUUUCCCAUUCUCUGUUCUGAGAAAUGGGUGUCAGAAAUUGAGCCUCACGCGGUGUUAUCUCAAUCUGCCGGCGAAUUUGCCCACCAUGCGGUUCGGGUCGAUUGGGUCAAUGGUUCUCGACCACGUUUAUUUGACGGAUCAGAUGGUGGAGGAUUUGAUUCUGGGUUGCCCCAAUUUGGAGGCUUUCGAGAUUCUUGGGUGUCGCGGGCCAAUUCAUUUGAAGAUAUGCAGCAAAAGGCUCAAAAGGCUGCGAAUUGUAUUGGGGUAUUAUUUUCCUGAUGAUCCUGAAAAGAGACAGACAUUGUUGGUUGAUUGCCCUAACAUUUGUUCGAUCAAUUUGGAUCUAUGUUCUUACCUGGUUGAGUUUCGUGCCGAUUUCGUGCACCGAAUCCAUCAGUCAUAUCAUCAGUGGAGUAAGGUUCAUAGGGUUGUAGAACAAGCGCCUAAUCUUAAGAUUCUCAUUGUGCAAAAUUGGUGGUUUAAGGUAAAUUCUUGUACCUCUGUUUUGAUCAAUUGUUGUUUUUGUUGUUUCGAUUUUCGUUAACUUUAAGCAGUUCCUUACUGUUUUACUUCAUUGUGGUAAUUAUGCCCAAAUAUGUUAGCAAUGUGGUUAGUCUAACA